GGAAGCGGCCGGCCGGAGCGGUUUGCUGACUGGGGAGGAGGAAGUGGAGACGGGGAGGCGUUAGAAACCGGCCGCGUCGUAUCCGCGGGCGGAAAAAGAGGCUUCCGCGAGGAUUUUCUUCUGGUCGUAGCGGCGGGAGCCGUCACGGAAGCUGGCAGGAUGAAUGUUGGAGUAGCCCACAGUGAGAUGAAUCCCAACACGCGAGUGAUGAACAGCCGAGGCAUUUGGUUAGCUUACAGCAUUUCUGUAGCUGUGCUCCAUAUCAUCUUUCUUAGCAUUCCUUUCUUCAGUGUCCCUGUGGUCUGGACUCUAACUAAUGUUAUCCAUAACCUGGUGAUGUAUUGGUUUCUCCAUACAGUGAAAGGGACUCCCUUUGAAACACCUGACCAGGGCAAGGAUCGCCUACUCACACACUGGGAGCAGAUUGAUUACGGCACACAGUGGACAUCCUCCCGCAAAUUUUUGAGCAUUUCCCCAAUCAUUCUGUACAUUUUAACCAGCUUUUAUACAAAAUAUGACCCUGUGCACUUCAUAAUCAACACCACUUCGCUCCUGAGCGUCCUCUUGCCCAAAUUACCCCUGUUCCACGGAGUCCGUCUCUUCGGUAUCAACCAGUAUUGAAGCAGAAGGGAUCUUGGCACUGCUGAGACAUUAUUCUUCCAAAGAAAAGUAGUUCCAAGAAAAUGUGGGCAAAGCUGUGGUUGCGUCACCUUGGACUCUCUGGGACCAGGUUUCGCUGGGUGACGCAAGCCGAGCUGCCACUGCUCAAAUGACUGAGCAGUAUGGAGCAUUCUCCGACAUUUCUGGCAAGGAGAUCUAAGCCAUUUUUCUUGCGGCUAGUCUAUACUAGGGGUGAAAUUCUCUGGUGGAAUGAAACAAUAGUUGAAUUGUCAUGCGACCGUGAGUUCUCUAGCUCUCCCAUGUAAAAAUUCCUGCUUUUGCUCUUUGUAGUGGGGGACUGGAAUCCCUUUCUGGAAGGGAUUUAAUGUUGCUUAAGACCACCUUCCUUUAGUUUGUAAACUUCCCUUUUUUUUCAAAUGUGGUUGUGCUGCUAAAUUUCCAGAUUUUUCCCAGUCGGGAAAAUUGAAUUAGCCUGCUGUGACAGGUCUCAUACUUACGGUUCUAAGCUGUGUAAAUAAUAUUUUGUAAAUACUCAUGUGGUAGGUACAUAUUAGCAUAACUUUGUUCAUUCCAGUUGAAUGCAAAGUAUAGAGUACUCCCUCUUGCACUGCCCCUCUACUCUCUCCCCCCUUUAAAGUAGGUUUUCCGCUUAUAAAGGAAUAAUGUAACGCAACAUUGAAGUGGGAAGAUGCAAAUUAAAUUAUACGUUUAGUCAGUGUUCUGCACUGCUUUUGUUCUUUUAUCAACCCUGUUUAUACCAGCCCCAUGAAAUUAUCAACAUAAAAAGAUGAAAAGAUAAUGACAUGGACAGAUCACUUAUUUAAUCUGUGUAUGAACCUUAUUUGGUGUUAGUUUCUAUCAUAGUUCCCCAGCUUGUUAAAAAAAAGUUCUUAUUUUUAUAGGGCAGACAUCUCUAACCUGCUGUUUAUAGGCUACAUGAAUCUCAUUUCUUGUGAGGUUUCUUCAUACAUCCAUGAAAGCAAUCCAAUGUUACGUCAAGGGAAUUGGUUUGAAGCACAAGAUGAGUGCUCUGUUUAGAAGAAGAAGAAGAAGAAGAAGAAUUUAAUUUCUAUACCGCCCUUCUCCCGAAGGACUCAGGGCGGUUUACAACCAAGUAAAACACAAUGAAAACGUACAAUAUACGAUUAAAAACCAAUUUAAAAAACCUAUUCAAUUUGGCCCAUUAAUUAAAAUACAUAUUAAAACCAUAAAAAACCCCAUUAAAAUUACUAGUAAAUUUCAAAUUUAUGCCACUCCUGCAUGGAAGAAUAAGUACGUCUUCAGCUCGCAGUGGAAGGUCCGAAGGUCAGGAAGCUGUCGAAGUCCUGGGGGAAGCUCAUUCCAGAGGGUAGGUGCCCCCACAGAGAAGGCUCUCCCCCUGGGGGUCGCCAGCCGACAUUGUUUGGCUGACGGCACCCUGAGGAGGCCCUCCCUAUGGAGGCCUAUGGGAGGCAAACGGUGGCAGUAGGCGGUCCCAUAAAUACCCCGGUCCUAAGCCAUGGAGCGCUUUAAAGGUGGUAACCAACACCUUGAAUUGCACCCGGAAGACCACAGGCAGCCAGUGCAGCUUGCGCAGGAGAGGUGUUAUAUGGGAGCCGCAAGUAGCCACAAGUUUACUGGUAUUUCAAAUAGCCAUCUUUUAAAAAGAAAGACAGUCAAAAACAAAUAAAUAAACACAAGCUCUAAUAGUUCUCAUCAAACAUACUUUAUAGCUAUUUUUUUUCUGAUCAAAGUUUGUGCUAAAUAUUAAAAUGGUGGUUUUAAAUUUGCUUCAAAACUCCACAAGGGACUGUAUUCUCUCUCAUUCCUUACCAUUUACUGUGGAAAUAGCCAAUAAAAAGUGUAAGACCAAAAGCAUACAAGUCUAAGUAAGAAUUAGAUGUGUCACUAUUAUGUUAGCAUGAAAAGCAAUCAUGUUUGCACCUUCCCAAACUAGAUAAGCUUUUAUAGGAUUAUCUAGAAAAUCGGUGUUUCUCAAACUGGGCAACUUUAAGACAUGUGAACCUCAACGCCUUGAAUCCCCCAGCCAGUUGAAGUUCACUGUACCAGGGUUGAAAGCCCAAAGGGGAAAUAAUGACUUUUAAAUGAUCAUCCCAAUUGGUGUCCCUUCAGCCAGACAGAUAUUGAACAGAUAGACUAAAAGCCUAACACUAACCUUAACCAUAACAAAGGCAUCACUGCUGAAAUCAUUUUCUAUAAAGUUCUACUUCUAGCCCUCGGUAUUUUUCCUGGUUUAAAGCCCCAAAUAGCUGUGGAUUGGAGGCAUCUGUCUGCCUUGCUUUGAGCCAUCUCUGGAAAACUUGCUCCUUCACAUCAGAAAGGAGGCAAAAGGCAGAAUAAAGCUGCCCUUUCCUGUUUCAUCUCAGCCCAUCUUAAAAGCAGAAUGUUCCUGCUCUGUCUUCCUGCAUUGCCUAUUUAGCAUUUUGAUGAUCUCUGCCCAUCUUUUAACUCAUACUUUUGGGGAUGACAUUUCUCCCCCUUUAGUAUGCCCAUGCAACAAUUACACACCUCCUUAGCUGCUCCUCCAUUUUGGAACAGAGUUUUCCUGCGCAUCCAAAUGGCUCCCUCCCUCCUGGUUUUUAGGAACACUUUCAAAAGAUACAGGCCUUGGAGGUUGGAAUGCUACAAUCUGUUCCCUCCAGCAAUAGAAAUGGUCUUUUGCUUUGAAUUAAAUUCUGGUUUAUAUCUUACUAUGUCCUGUUUUAAGCAUUGUAAUUAUUGUUAUUUUACUCUAAUGUGUACUGUAUGUUUUUAAUCCAAUUUACAAUAGUUGGGAUAUAUGCUGCUCAGAGUUGAUUAGAGCAGCUUAUAAAUAAAAUUAAACCCAAAG